GUUGCCACUGGUUUCUAAUCCGCCAGCUGUGAUUUGACGGGAAUAAACAAUAAUUUGUUUAUACUAUCAUCACAAAGUGAUGAUUUAUUAAAAAAUUUUUUGAAAUAAAUGGGAAAUUGACUAUAUAAUUAUUUCAAAAAUGAAUAUUUCCAAUAGAGGAUCUAUGCAACGAGUUAUUUUGGAUGAAAUAGCUUUAGAAGGUUUGGAGGGUAUAACAUUGGAGUCAUUGUGGGUAUAUUUAAGUAAAUCGCUAAAUUUGACACAACCAAUCACUAAUCAACUUAAGGAAAAUGUUUGGAAUUUUAUCUUGCAAGUUCAACAGCAUCUGCAGUUCUUCGAACUGCCAGAAGAACGUAGUACGGUAAAAUUGUUUGAUCGCUACCAAUUUGUAGAUAGCGAUUUAGGUGUUCCACUCUCCCCGGAAGAGUGCCCCUUCGUUCGAUACAAUUGCGUUCCAAUAUCAGAUGGUAAUAUUAUGGGAUCAUGUCAAUGGUACAAAGAACGCAAAAAUGUACCAUUUAAUGUUGUAAUGGACCUCAAUGUAGAAACUGUAUCUAAAAUUUGGGGAAAUAAGUUUGUUAUUGUUGCAUCGCAAGAGUUACGUUACAAUGCAUUAACUCCGGAAAAUGUAACACGCCCGAAGGAAUUAACUCCAAUUCAGUAUUGCAUAUGGGAGGCUAUUGGUCGUUCUCGUUACAAUGGAGAAACUACAUCAGGAGUGUGGUCUUUAACGCACUUCUGCAAAGAUCCUACAAUUGUCUUUUAUAUAAAAAACAAAUUGAUAAGGCAUGGAGUUGUAACUCACCAACUUUUUAAUGAGAAGCGUAGUGAUCGCUUAAUCGUAACAACAUUGUUAACGCUACCUCGUUUUUUUCCGGCAUAUCGUAGUAUACUAAUAAGUAUGGUGGAAAAAUUAUUUAUAAUGUUGAAAGAAAAGCCAGACUUUUCCAUGCCCUUAGUCGAAGCAAGAGUACAUUUCCCAUCGUUUGAGAGGCAAAAGACAUUUAAAAAAGCCAUGUUAACUCAUAUAUUCCGAAAAAUUUUCGAAACACGAUCCUUGCCAUACUAUGAUGUCUUCCCGAAUCCUAAUAAGAAAAAGAAUCAAGCAAACAGUCGAAUGGUCGCUAUAGUCAAAUUAAGACAUCCCGAAAAAUCUAUUGAUGAUAUAUUCGAAAAUAUUGAAAAUGAACAAGACAAAAUUGAGGAAAAUACAGAUGGGGAUUUUCAUAACGAAAAACAUUCUUAUAUUGAUAUGCCGUUACGAGAAGAAUUCUAUCGCUGUGUAUCUCGUUUUGGAAAUCGUGGAUGCAGUCAGACUGAAAUUUAUCGCCAUUUGUCAAUUAAUCAUUUAUCUUUGAGACAGCUAAUUAAAAAAAUGACAGCGGAAGGUUUAAUAAAAUCAUAUUGUGUUGAUAUUGGACGCCAAAGAACUAACAUGUAUGUCGCCGUCGAAUGCUUUGACUCAGUAAAUAAGUCGGUGAAAGACUCAUUAGAUGUUCUUCAAAACCUGCAAUGUGCUGAAGAGCCUAAUAUUCCUCUAAUCGAGGCACAGUUUCCAGAUGUUUCACAGAUUUGUGCGCGUAUAAAAAAUUAUGAAUUUCCAAUGAACUCGUUAAUGCAGCGAAACGACAACAUAAGCCAACGUUUAAUAUCACGAAAAGCAUUUGCUGUUAAAAUGAUCGACGAACAUUGCAUCAUCUCAGUCCAACAUUUACGCAAACUUCUAUUGGAACACGAAAAAAGUAAAGGUUUAAAAGACGAAGUCUGUCAGAAGUCUAUCAAACGGAUGUUAUAUCAAAUGAGUCAAAGCAAUAUUAUUCGCAUGUAUGAAAUUGUGCUGCAGCGAGAAGAAAAUAUUCGUAUUUAUCGUUAUGUGACGCAUCCGAAAAUAGACAUUGAACAUAUCGCUCUUAAAAACGAAAUUUUAAAACUAAAAAACAGCCUUUUCUUAUUGCUGGAAGAGAAGAGACAUAGGCUAUUGAGUUCUCGACGCCAUCAGAAUCGAAAAAUAAAAACUUCGAAAAAAUUAAAGUCUGCUGAAACUAAACUUAAUAAAAAUACUUUGAUACCAUUGAAAAGUCACAAACCGCCAAAGUUUUUAAUAUCCAGAUAUAUGCAUGAAUUUUUAUUUUAUAUUGUAGUUGAACUGAACGAAUGCCAAAUGCCUCUAGAAAUUACUAAAGAAUUGCUUCAAACGUGGCAGGUAUCUGAGCCGUCUCUCCGCAUUGAUGAGUAUUUGGAACAAUUGGAGCCAGAAUAUGUAAAUAUGAAAGCAUAUACCAAGUACAUAACUUGGCGAACGUUUAUACCACCAUUGCCGAGAUAUUCCGAUAAGCCAGCUGGAUGGGUGUAUUUUAUUGAUGCAAUGGAUCGUAUGCCUUUAUCUAUAUUUAAUAAAAUUUUUCGCAUUGAUAAGGGAGCAGAUGAAAGACUGUCAGCAUUUUUGAGUCAUCCUGUUCGUCAGCACUAUUUAAUGCGUCAAUUACCCUCCGAUUUGCAAUGUAAAAUUAGCCGGGUACAAUUACAGCGUGUCUACGCAUCCGUGUUAAAGCUUCUCAAUCACAUGGGUUUAAUACAGAUAAGUGAACGUGUGAAUAUAAAAGAUCCGUUAGUUAUGUGGGUUUAUCUCAAUCGUCGAGCACGUGUACUGGAUACCACCAAUUCUGAAGCCGGUUAUAAACACAUCAAUUCGGAACGUGAAUAUACUCCAUUAACCUUUGAUUUACGUAGUUUUGACGAUAUACAUAACUAUUGGACGACACUGCAACGAAUUUGUGUUUAUACAAAACUUGGUUUUCGAAGCAGAAGUCAUGGAAGAACUGAAAGAAUAAAAGAACUAAACUUUCUUAAUUCAGUCGAUUUCGACGAAGCACCUUUACAUGAUACCGGCUAUCAACCUGGAGAUGGUUUGGGUGCUGCAGGCCUUUCAACAAAUUUAUUUGCUCACACGUUCCGCAAUUGGUCUUGGUAUGUGCACAGCAGUAAUAAAGUUACAGUGAAAAAUGUUAGAACGGGUCGUCCAGUCAGUUCAGGACUUCGAGGUACUAGUAAAGUAGUCCGAGUUAUAUCACGUAAAUCGCGACAACCUCAAGCAUUAGCAACAAUUAAACGUAUGGGCUCACAAUUUUUGACUUCCAAUAGUAAACGCCUAAAAAAGACUGCUCCCAGAGAUGCAGUUGAUCGUGAUGCCUUGAAAAAUAUGAGAACGUUGCGAGUAUCCUGGAGUAAGGCUGAAGAUGAAAUGCUCAUGAUUGGUAAGGCUGCAUCGGUAUAUGUUGCGGCACCUGUACCAGCCCUGGGUCUCUUAACUAUUGGUAAAUCAUGCCGCGAUGCAAUACGGCAUAGCUUAGGUAUUUUUAAUAAAACAACUCAGGCAUGUUGUAGAAGAUUACAAUUUAUGGUACGCCAAAAGAGACACAUACCACAGGUGCCAACCUGGCUACAUAUGUUGCAAACUGACGAGUAUUUGCAGAAAAAAUAUGGCGAUAACUUUUUGCAAAGAUUGAAAAAGACAUAUACAACUCGCGCAGAAUUUUGUGACGCAUUAGCAGUGCAUUAUACCCUUAUUAUGUGUUAUUUGUUUAAACUCGUGCAUAAUGCGUACGAUACUAAAACGAAGUCUCGAUUCAUUUUACCAGACUCUAUUCAAGAGUUUCACAAACGUUUCCUCGAACGUAUGCCAGUGCCAACCGAUGAAGAUUGCAUACUUUAUAAAAACCCCGAUACAGAUUUUGAUCUUCAAACAAUUGUAGUUGAAAGCGUUCUGCACAGUAGUUUGUGUGCUAUGCGUGACAAGACAUUGUACAAUUUACAAGCAUUCGAAAUAUAUAAAAACUAUUCGGAGGAAGUCUUAGAAGCUGCUUUCUCUAAAGCUCGCGCAGAUGGCUUAGCAGUUGCCAUAAAACGAAAAAAUAUGAGUCUUCUGCCUAAUCAUUUAUCUGGUCCAGCGUAUGUGCUCUCAUCAAAGUAUAAACUUAAAUUACUAUUUUUGCGAAUUCCAUAUGGAAUAUUUGACGCAUUUUAUAAUUAUUUCGAGGCGGGUAUAAAAGUUUUCUUUCAAACAGACAAAAGUACGGGGGAAGCAAGUGGUUUUGUAGGUCAAAUGGAAUUAAAAUCACCAACUCCAGGUCAAAUGUUUGUUAUUGGCGAAGGUUUGUCGCGUAACAUAUGGACUGUCAACGUGAAAUUACCUAUAAAUAUUUUGACUGUCGAUGCAGAACAAAAUCAAACAAAUGUGUCAUCUAUGGAUCGCAUAUUAGAUCAUUACCAGAGCAUUUUUGAUAAUGCGCCCCAACAAGAAUAUACAAAAACUAUAGAAAGCGUCCAGAAUGAAAAACAGGCUCGUGUUAAAUUCCAUCCUGCAAAUCUUAGUUAUAAAAUUCACUAUACACCCUAUGAUUUUAUAUCAAAAUUACCAUCUAGAUAUCUACAUUUCUUUUGUGCGUUAGAUUUUCUAGAAAACGAGAUUGAGAUAAAUUUUUCAAAGCUUCAACGUGAAGAUGAUGAUGGUGAGAUUGUAAUCGAGUGUCCUUUCAAAUGUAUUUUUAAAAAUGGGGAUUAUGUUGCUGAAAUUGAACGUAUUGUGGAGGAAAAGAAAACCAUAUUUAACACCUUGACAGAAAUGGCACCACAAAAACUUCUUAAUCAGGCCACAAGUGGGCUGUCAAUGAAAGUCUCCAACUCUAAUAUAUUAACGCUGGUCCGUAUGCUGGAGUCUUACUGGCAUGAAAAAGAGUCUCAAUAUGAAUGUAAAGAUCUUGGAAAAUACCACAAUAAUUUGAAAUGUCAAAAAUCUAUAGAUUGGUGUCAACUCUGCAAUGAUAUAAUCACGUUUAAUGCCAACUCUGAUGACUUUGAUAAAACAGAGGAAUACGAACCAACACUAAACAAAGAAGAACGUGUCAUUAGAGCCCAAGACGUUUUUGUAGUAAAUCUUCCAACUAUACAAAUUAAUGUUAAUGAUGAUCUUAAAAAUGAUAGGGAUACUACUACAUGUCAUAAGAAAGAUUUAAAUAUUCCGAAAAAAAUAUUAGAGCCUGAACUUCAAAGAGAAACCAUUUUGAAAAAAGUUCUCGAAGAUUCACUUUGGAAAUAUACAGACAACAGUUUGGAUAACGUUAAACAAAAGCGAGAUGAUCUGGGCUUCAAUGAGAUGGAACAAAAACAUUUAGAAGAAAUUCACAACUUUAUAGAAAGACACACGUUGGGUGUAUCAAUAUCACAUCUUAUGUCUGAGUUUCCAUAUGAAAACUUUCUUUUCAAAGCUUUACAUAUAUUAUCGUCUGAAUUCUUAAUAAAACGAGUUGGCAUUUCUUCUUUUAUGUACGUACAUAAAAAUCAUAUACGUUCUUGGGUUGUACAUACUUUUAACUUAAAACGAUUGGACCGGGAAAAUAUAGGUGGCUCUACUUCUGCUAUUAAGAGAUCAUGUCAACAAGAAGAGUAUACAACCUCGGAGGAAAUGUGCGAAAUAAAAUCAAAAAGAUCCAAAACUACUGUCGGAGACGUACACUCUGAAGAACGAACCAAGCGUACGCCUAAACCAGUUAGACGUUUUGAUGCCACUCAAUUGGAAAAUGAGAAUUCCAGUACUAAUCUCAAAGAAAGGGAUGUUAUUGCCAUGAAACCCGUUCCAUGGAUAAGAUUAAAUGGAUCCAUUAACCGUCGAGUCCUAGAUAGAUGGUUGGGAUCUAUACUUUCCGAAUGUAUUGCGAGUAAUGGCUGCAGUGCUAACGAGAUUUGCAAGAGAUUUUCACUCUUCGUACCAGUGGAUAUAUUUUUGCUUUUAGAAUUAUUGUGUGAUUUGAAAUGUAUUUCCCUAAUUCAUAUAUAUCAACCCGAAGUCGACAUAUUUUCAAAUUAUGAAAAUAUCAAAGAAAAGAGUGUUUCAUUUGUAUAUGAUCCAGAAAAUACAUAUAUUAAAUCUUGUGGAGAUGCUAUAAUGCGUUUGUCCUUAUUUAUUGGUGACAAAAAAUAUACAACCGAGUUAAUUUAGAAAUAUUUGUUUGAAAUUUUUGUCAACCUGGACAAACUCAAUCUAAAAUUUUUUUAUUAUUACCAUAUACGUUUAAUUAAUUCAUUUAUAACUUUGGAUCAAAUCUAUGUAUUUACUUUGAAAAAAAUUAAUAUAUGUUUUUAAUUAUAACAUUGAA